CACUCUCCCUAAAGGAGGGAGCAAAGCAGAGACACAGAGAGGGGACUGAGAGGAGCAGAAGAGGAGACGAGGAGCAGGAGAGGAGGAUAUCUCUGGGCUGCUCUCCACUGCUGCACUUGGCUUUCACUAAAAAGCUGUGACCGUGUUUUUCCUGCGCUUGUUUGCCUAAUUUAUUCCUGCCGCGGCUGACAGAAAGAAAGAAAAGCAGAGAAGAAGAAGAGAAGAAAAAAAAAAAGAGCGGACAGGCAGAGUAGUAAAGAGUGCAACAGUACACCCUGACUUGCUGACAGGGAAUGCAAAAGAGGUUCUGGCCUCUGGUUGUUACUGCUGGAUGGACAAGCACUGACAAAACAAGAGAAGAAGAGAGAGAGACAACGCUCUGAGAGAGGAGGCCAAACUGCAAAUAAGGACAUUUUGCAAGUCUGGUUUUGUUUUGGGUUGUUGUUUUUUCCUGUGACAUUUGAGCCUCCUGACAGAACAGGCUCAAGAAAACAUUUUUCCACAGACGCUGAAGAGGAGGACUUUUUCUCCUCUCAGGAAAUCACAGACAGGAACAAACCUCACUUUCUCAAACUCCUCAUAAGUUUCUUUUUUUUCUUUCGGAUCCAAUGAAUGAGCUUUUUUUUUUCCAGAGGCAAGUCUUCAUCACUAUCACCUCUGCAUCUGUAACAGCCAUGACAAGUCAAGAGUGAGUCUGGACUAGAACUGCCUCAGAUCAGCAGAUAACACCUCAGCACGUCAGGAACUGGUUGGACUAGUUUAUAAGUUGGAGGAGAGGGCAGGGCAGUUUAACCCUGCGUGAAGGAGAGCUGUGUUUUAUUUUCCUCCCACUCACUCGUCCUUCUGGGAGAAAGUCGUGCGCUGACAGAGGGGCAGAGCUUCUUUUCUUUUGGCUUGGAUUCUGUUUGGUCACCAUGCUCAGGGUUUUUCUCAGAACUCGGGGGCCAUUGAUCGGAGGUCAGGACUGAGAGAACACGAGGGUGAAAGACAAGAACAGAGAGAGCAGAGGGAUUAAAGAAGAGAGAGAGAAAACAACACUGCCAAGGACCUCCAGGUCAUUACAACCAGACGGCAAAGGGGAGAAAGGUCAACACGAGAGAGAGCACGGGACAACUUUUAUCCUGCUUUCAGUUCUUCUUGGACAAACCUUCCUUUCAGAAGAACCUGGAGCUGCUGCUGCUUUCUGUCCGGAGACAUUUUCUCACACUUUGAGGGUAGUUUGAAGCUGGGGGACAGGGCGGGUCUGUGUAUGAUCCACUCUCAGGGCUGCGUGUCUCAGAGAAUAUGGCCAUGGUGAGCGGGGGAUGGGGCAACCCCAACGGGGACACUAACGGACUGGGGGAGAAGGCUUACCUGCGGAGGGAGGAAGAGGAGGGCUCGCCUCAGGCAGGGAGCAGCGAUGUGGACGUCGGGGACGAGGACAAGGCCUGCGUGGUGGACUGUGUGGUGUGCGGGGACAAGUCCAGCGGGAAGCACUACGGCGUGUUCACCUGCGAGGGCUGCAAGAGCUUCUUCAAAAGGAGCAUCAGGAGAAACCUCAACUACUCCUGCAGAUCAAAUCGAGAAUGCCAAAUCGAUCAGCAUCACCGCAACCAGUGCCAAUACUGUCGACUGAAGAAAUGUUUCCGUGUUGGGAUGCGCAAAGAAGCAGUCCAGCGGGGCCGCAUUCCUCCAUCUCACUCAGGUAUCAGUCCAAACACUAUGGCAGGAGGCAUUGGAGGACCAGUACCAGGUCACAUUGGGACGGACUACUUUAACGGGCAGCCAGUGUCAGAACUCAUCACCCAGCUUCUUCGGGCUGAGCCGUACCCCAACAGCCGCUACACCACCCCGUACGGUCAGACACAGAUGCAGACGUCUGCGAGCGGAGCCUCGGUCAUGGGCAUCGACAGCAUCUGUGAGCUGGCCGCCCGGCUCCUCUUCAGCACCGUGGAGUGGGCCAGGAACAUCCCAUACUUCCCUGAACUCCCAGUCUCAGAGCAGGUGGCGCUGCUGAGGCUGAGCUGGAGCGAGCUCUUCAUUCUGAGCGCAGCUCAGUCUGCUUUGCCUCUACACAUGGCUCCUCUGCUGGCAGCUGCCGGGUUCCACUCGUCGCCCAUGUCUGCUGAGCGCGUUGUGUCCUUCAUGGACCAGGUCAGGGUCUUCCAGGACCAGGUGGACAAGCUGAACCGGCUGCAGGUGGACACAGCGGAGUACAGCUGCCUUAAGGCCAUUGCACUCUUUUCACCUGAUGCAUGCGGGCUAACUGAUCCAGCCCAUGUGGAGUCCCUGCAGGAGAAGGCCCAGGUCGCCCUGACGGAGUACGAGAGGUUGCAGUAUCCAAACCAGCCGCAGCGCUUCGGCCGCUUACUGCUACGCCUCCCAGCUCUGCGCGCCGUGCCAGCGAACCUCAUCUCCCAGCUCUUCUUCAUGCGACUGGUGGGCAAGACCCCCAUCGAGACGCUGAUCCGAGACAUGCAGUUAUCAGGGAGCUCCAUCAGCUGGCCCUAUGUGCCCGGACAGUGAACCCUGCUGGCUCCAAAGUGAGACGCACAGAGAUCAGAUCGGGAGGAGUCAGAGCUCACAAAGAUAACAUAUAAGCACAAAAUGAAUGUUGUGAAUGCAAACCGGGAUCUCAGAAGUUUAAAGAUCUGUUUGUGAAGAGUUAGCUUUUUCUACACAACUUCUGUAGAGUUUGAAAUGGAACCAAAGCUGCUUUAAAGAGAACUAAAUGUGUAAUCGUCUUUAUAUUUAUGUUUGCAGCACUUGUCAGUUUUGCUCUGACCUCCGUCUGAUCUCUCUUAGUCUCAUUCUGGAGAUAAAAACUGGGCUUUAAGUAAAGUACAGACUCAAAAAUGAGGCCAUGUGCCUGUACUACCUCCUCCCAUAUUACCCCUAAUGUGACUCAGUUUGAACCCAGGCUCUGUGUGUUUCCCUCUGCUUUGUUUUUGAUUUUCUUUCUACCUUUUAAGUGAAGCCAUGACUACCGCUGUUACAGGCAGCGUUCGUGCUUUACAUCAUCCCCACAUGGUCGUUGUUUUGCAGAUCAAAGUGUAUCGUGUGGGAUGAAUAUCAGGCGCUGUUACCAAAGGUAUUCGUGAAGACUGAAAAGUGUCACCUUUUACAGCAUCGAUACAAAGACGAGGCACGGCCGCUGUGUUGUAAAGUACACUGUUUGAAGGACCGUGUAUACCGGACAGAUUUUAUAUGUUACAAAGGAAUAAUUCUACAUUUUUGGGAAGUAUGCUUCACCGCUUUCUCACACAUUCAGAUGAGAUUCUACUUGAUUAAUUUGGUUUACAUGUUACAAAACUCACUAAGGGACGAAUGUACCAUCCAAAAAAGGACCCUUUUCCCAAAAGAAGUUCCCAUUGAUUGUAACAGCUAGGCCCAAAAAAGCGCAUGCCAGUUUCCAAAUACACAAAUUAAAGCUGGGGUUGGUUAUCAGAUUUAGAGACACUUUUUGUUAUACUGGUUAAAAUGAUCUUUAUGUCCUGAUGGUAAUCAAUACAUAAUGUGUUCUUGAAAAAGAGGUAAAAAAAAGCUGCUAUCUACAGCCGGAGUAAACCUGGGAAAACACCAACCAAUCCCUGCCAUCAGGAGCCAAAUUAUGAAACCAAUCAAAUCCCGUCCUGCCGUUCUGCCCGCCUCCUGCAAAGCGUACAUUUCAUGUUUGUUUGUGUUUUUAACUUCCUCAUGAGAAUGUUUUGGUGUUUUCUUACCGCUGAGUGAGACAUGAGUUGACGUAGUGCGAAACACAAACCAUGUGCUGAGGACCGGUUUAGAACCAUCAUAUGGUCACGAAUCAGCGGCGUUUGUGCAUGUGAGCGGGGCCGUCGUGUUGGAGGCGGGGGGAGGGAUUAGAUGGAGUCCUGAGGAAAUGCUACAUUCAAAUUCAUGCUAGUUUUCCGUGGCUACCAACCCUAGACUGUAUGAAUAAUGGACGUAGUAUCCGUGACGUCACCCAUCUGUUUCUGAAGUUUUGAGGCCAAUCGGCGGCGGCAGCGGCCAUAUUGCUGCUGUCGAGUGAUUGUGACGUAAAGAGGCGGGCUUUGAGCCUCCUAGCCAACAGCUACAGUGUUCCCGCUUGUCAAUCAAGUCAGCUGUGCCUCUCAUUGGAAGACUCGUAAUCUAAAUAUCUUCAAAAUUGCUGCAUUAGAAAAAAGAAUUCACCCCCCGUACAGUGUGUGCCGAUCGAGAAAUGAGCUCUCCAGACUACACUCGUCUUUUGAACCAGACUGUAAACAUGUUUAUUUCUGCUGUAAAGAUCGGCUUAUUUGAAUUGGUGUGUAUGUGGUUUCCAGUACUUCCGGAGCCAGCCUCUAGUGGAUCAUCGAUGAACUGCAGUUUUUAGCACUUCAUUUUUAGACAGGAGGUUGCCGCUUGCUACCAACCCUAACUUUAAAAAAAAAGUUUUAUUAUUGAGUUUAAAGAAAUGCUGGAAUUAGUUUUUGCCACGUCUCGAUAGAAUCUGCUGUUCCCACUUGUUUUUAGUCCUAUGCUAAGCUAAGCUAAGCUGAGCUAACUCCCUGUUGUUCUAAGCUUCAGGUGUACUUAACUCUCAUAUUUUCCAAACUGUGAAUCUAUUCCUUUGAUAUAGUGAAUAAUCCAUUUGUUCUAGCUCUAGUGAAUGACAGUAAGCGGAGGUGAAUGUACUCACACACAACCUGGCUCCUCUCAGACCGUCACAUCCCCGUCUAACAUUAUUACCUCAUAUUUUAUAUAUCAAAGACAGAGAUUGUAAAUCCAUGUGCUCGAGAUAAAGGGAUCAAGGUGUUUUUAUCACACUAACCAUUAACAGUCAUACUUGCCUGUGUGUCCGCCACACUUUGUCUGUUUGUUAAAAUGUGAAAUGUAAAAACUUGAUGUGAGCAAACCCAAAGUUUGACAGAUACCUGCAGAAAGCUUCAGUCCACCGUGACGUUUGUUUUUGUUUUUGUUCUGAUUAAUCUCAAACUGUUUCUUUGCUUUUUUUAAAAGUAGAGUUAGCUCAUUUGAAUAUUUUCACGUGUCAUCCUCUUUUAUAAACGGCCUGUUGAAGCGCGGUCACACACGGGCCAAGGUCACUUUCAGAGCGUUGUUAUUCUUAUGCAAGGUACUCCACGUGUUUCUGUGUUUGAAAGGUUACGAUGUUUGUUGGUACUCAGUCGUCACACUCAUGAGUGUUGUUGCCACUAACUGCAGCUCGAUGUGACAGAUGUUUUUUUUUUCUUGCCAAAUUAAAUGACUGAAAGAAAAAGAUCACCAUGAGAUCAACAUGUGUUUUCUGUUUUGUUUGUUAGGUUGGCAUGAAAAAGAAAAAAGGGUGAGAAUGAUCCCUGAGGCGACGAUGUAUUAAACUUAUACUAUGCUGUGCUUGAAUCAAUGUGUUCAAUGUGUUGCUAUCUGAGCUUUACUGAUUUAAUUUGAGCUUUAUUUUGAAGAGACGCGUGUUUCUAUGACCAUGCUAAGAUGUAAAAGAAGUUCAAACAGCUUACUGGUUAUUUUUACCUGCUAGAAAUAAAAGUAUGCACAUUC